AUGGUGCCUAACUCUGUUUCAAUUUUAACAUUGAAUGUUCGGGCACCUAACAAUCGUUCCACACUAUUUUCCUGGUUAAAUUGCAUCAAAGCAGACAUUAUUUGUCCUCAAGAAACUCAUUCCACCUCUGCUGAUGAAUUUGCAUCUUGGGUUCGAAGUGAAUCUGACAAUGGCAAUAACCUUCAAUGUUAUUCGGUGGUCUCAUCUCCUGGUUCUGCCCACAGUUCAGGGGUUGCUAUUUUGUACAAACCUCUCAAGUUGGCUACGUCCUUUACAGAUGAUGUUGGUCGUUUUAUGAUUGCACAGCUUUUGGCUUCUAGUGAUUCCUCACCUUUUCAAGUGGUAAAUGUAUAUGGUCCUAAUCGUCGGCAGCCUGGGGAGCAUUUCUUCUCAUCCAUUUUGCCUCAGAUUGAUCCUGCUCUUCAUUCUAUCCUUUGUGGGGAUUUUAAUACCGUUUUGAAUCCACAGCUGGAUCGUAUGGGCUGCAAUCCAUCUUCUUACUGGGCGUACAAUUGGCCUCAGUCGUUAUCUAUUCUUACUCCAAAUUUAAACCU